GUUUGCCUGCCGGCCGUGCUUUCAUUCUGAAUAUUAUACAUACAGCAAUUGUACUUUAAAUAUGGCAAAACAACUGAAUGACCAAAUUUUGGAUUACCUGGACGAACAAGGAGAAGUUAAUUCCUUAGUUCUUGCAGAUGUUUUCAAAGAAAAUCAUCAGAAAAUAAUCGGAGCAAUUAAAAGUUUGGAAGCAAUUGGCGAUUUAAUUACAACAAAACAAGUAAACGAAAGAAAGUGGGAAUUAACAUCAGAGGGACAACACGUAGUAAGUUAUGGAAGUCAUGAAGCAGCAAUAUAUAAUGCCAUUCCUGAUGAUGGAAUGCCACAAGUUGAAAUUCUGCAAUCAGUACCAUUUGCAAAAGUUGGAUUUUCUAAAGCACUGUUGGCUGGCUGGAUAGAAAUGGACAAAUCCAGUGGUAUACCUAUUGUAAAAAAGAAGGUAUCAUCUAUCACAGAUGUAACACAGAAUCAUCUAAAGGAUAUUGCAAACUUGACCGAUCGCCUUAGAAGCGAUUAUAAAAAAAGAAAACUCAUCCAGGAAACAGUCAUUAAGUCUAUACAAGUAAGAAAGGGUUUAAACUUUACAACAAAAGUUGAGAAAUUAGAAACGGAAUUGACUGCAGACCUCUUGGUAAAUGGUGCUUGGAAAACCAAGAAGUUCAAACCAUAUAAUUUUUCAGCUCUUGGUUCUGCUCUUGAAAUAGGCCACUUGCAUCCUCUGCUAAAAGUUAGGAGUGAAUUCAGGAAGAUUUUCCUUGAAAUGGGAUUCACCGAAAUGCCAACAAAUAAUUAUGUAGAAAGUUCUUUCUGGAAUUUUGAUGCUUUAUUUCAGCCUCAGCAACAUCCAGCCAGAGACUCUCAUGAUACCUUUUUCAUAUCUGAGCCAUCUCAUAGUACAAAGUUCCCAAUGGGCUAUUUAGAGAAAGUGAAAAAAGUUCACAGUGAAGGUGGGUAUGGAUCUAUAGGCUAUCAUUAUGAUUGGAAAAUAGAAGAAGCACAAAAGAACCUUCUUCGUACUCAUACAACCGCUGUUAGUGCUAGGAUGCUUUACAAGCUUAUGGAGCAGGGUGAAUUUAAACCAGUGAAAUACUUCAGUAUUGAUAGAGUAUUUCGUAAUGAAACGUUGGAUGCUACGCAUCUUGCGGAAUUUCACCAGAUUGAAGGUGUAGUAGCUGACUAUAAUCUGACGUUAGGUGACUUAAUAGGAAUAUUAUAUGAAUUUUUCAAAAAACUCGAUAUUACGCAACUUGAAUUUAAGCCUGCGUAUAAUCCGUACACUGAGCCAAGCAUGGAAAUCUUUUGUUAUCAUAAUGGCUUGAAUAAAUGGAUAGAAAUUGGCAACAGUGGAAUGUUCCGACCGGAAAUGCUCUUACCGAUGGGAUUACCCGCAAAUGUGAACGUAAUUGCUUGGGGACUAUCUCUAGAAAGGCCAACUAUGAUUAAAUAUGGAAUAAAUAAUAUACGAGAUUUAGUUGGGUCAAAAGUGGAUAUGGAAAUGGUUUAUAACAAUCCUAUUUGUCGCUUAAACAAGAUCAGUAAUAUUCAAUUGCAAGAGGAAAGAUUGGAAGACCAAAAUCAGAAAUCAAAUGAGCAACAACUGGAGAAAUAUGGAAGUGAAUCCUAUACGCCCAAAUGUGUUCGAAAAUUCGAAAAACAGAAGCUUGUGAUAUUUUGCGAUCCGAAACAUCCAAUUAAGUUCAUGGAAUCAUUGUUCCAUAUCAUAAAACCCUACAUUAAGAUUUUUAUAGAAACAUAUGUACACUCGACUGUACAAGAUUUCCCGCAGAAUUUAUUAACUUUUUGUUCAGAGUAUAAAGACAAAGACAAGGACAUUGCAAUGCAUUUAACAAUCAUUUGGAAGGAAAUUGGAAUUGAUCCAGUAAUGCAGUUGCCAGGAAUGCAACAGAUAAUGGGAGAAGUGAACGUAGCACGAUACUUGAAUCGCUUGAUCGAAAGUUAUAAUCCACAGUUGUUGCGCUACGAGAGCAAGGGUGUAUUGUACGCGAAUCAAAUAGAUUGUUAUUUGGAAAAGAUACAUAGUUUCUUGCAUUCAAAUUCACUUCAAUCCAUUCAGAAGAAGUCACGUUAUGUGAUGGGCGAGGAUAUAACCAUUGUGGACACCUUUUUACAGUGUCUUGAUGAACACAAACAACUUAAACGUAAAUAA